GUACAUUACUUAGAAAGCUAUGUUGCUAGCACGAGCUAGAUAUCAACCAACCAACAGGUCAGAUUGUUAGGAUAGCUUUCGCCGGAAUUUAAAGAGAAUAGUCGCGAACUACUUGAGAUAACAUACAUGCUACACUUUACACUUCAACGUCAAACUUAAAGAAAAUGCAUGUAGGGUUACUGUUCCUGGCUCUGGUGGGCCUCACCUCUGCCCUCAUUUGCCCUGAUGGUGGAAUGUGUGAAGAUGGAAACACAUGUUGCAAGACCCCUUCCAGUGGGUAUGGCUGCUGUCCUCUACCAAAAGCUGAAUGUUGCGAGGACCACUUGCAUUGCUGCUAUGAGGGGACGGUGUGUGACUUGGUCCACUUCAAGUGCCUGAAUAAAACAAUCUCUUUGCCUUGCGUGAAAAAGGUCCCUGCCAAAAAUCCCACUGGCUCUAAGCUACCAGGGCAGGAAGUGAAGGCAGUCGUUUGUCCUGAUAAAGAGUCAGAGUGUCCAGACGACACCACCUGCUGUCAGCUUCCGGACGGUUCCUGGGGCUGCUGUCCCUUGGUCAGGGCUGUAUGUUGCGAGGACAAGAUGCACUGUUGUCCUGAGGACACAAAAUGUGACAUUGUCCACUCCAAAUGUUUGUCCCCUACCCUGGAGUCCUUCCCUAUGUUUGAAAAGCUACCUGCAAGGAGGACAGAAGCAAAACACAAUCAGCCAGGCAAUACAAUAUCUGUGAGUAAAGCAGUAACCUGCCCAGGCGGUAAGAGCAGGUGUCCAGAGAGUAGCACUUGCUGCCUGCUCACCAGUGGAGACUAUGGCUGUUGUCCGUACUCUGAGGCGGUGUGCUGUAGCGACCACCAACACUGCUGUCCUAGUAACACCACCUGUGACCUCGAACACGAGAUGUGCACUUCCUCUAAAUCACAUUUCCCAUUAGCCAAGAAGUUCUUGGCAAUACCCAAUGAUGUGGUGUGUCCAGAUCAGAUAUCAUCAUGUCCAGUCGAUACCACCUGUUGUCAGCUGGGGAGUGGGAGCUAUGGCUGCUGCCCCAUGACCAGUGCUGUGUGCUGUUCGGACCGCAUCCACUGCUGUCCUAAGGAUACCACGUGUGACCUGACCCAUAGCAAGUGUAUAUCGGCAAACGGUGAGACCCCAAUGGCCACCAAAAGCCCUGCCAGAGUUGCAGUGACCACACUCCAGAAUACAGUCAACGCUGUGCCCUGUAACGAGUCUGUAGCCUGCGCUGACGGGAGCACGUGCUGUAAAACCCUACAGGGCAACUGGGCCUGCUGCCCCCUACCCAAAGCGGUGUGCUGUGAUGACCACCUCCACUGCUGCCCCCACGACACCAUCUGCAACCUGGCCAGCAGCACGUGUGACGACCCCGACGGCAACGCCAUGCUUCCCUGGUUGGCCAAGGUGCCCGCCUUCCCCUGGGCAUCGGAGACACCCGACAGCAAGUGUGACAAGUCUACUUUCUGUCCGGGCAAAGCCACCUGCUGCAAGACCCUCGCUGGAGGGUGGGCCUGCUGUCCCCUGGUCAAGGCGGUGUGCUGCGACGACCACACCCACUGCUGCCCACAUGACACAGUGUGUAACAUGGAGGCCAGCACGUGUGACGAUCCCUCAAGCUCUGGCCUCUCCCUGCCAUGGGUGUCAAAGGUGCCCGCUCUAACCCUGGCAAGGGACACCGAGAAGUGUGACAAGGAGACCUUGUGUCCCGGUGGCACCACCUGCUGCCAGCAGAACUCUGGACAGUGGACCUGCUGUCCCCUCCCUCAUGCUGUAUGCUGUGAUGACCACGAGCACUGCUGCCCCAAAGGCUACACAUGUGAUGUUUCCCAGCAGGCUUGUGACAAACCCGGUGCUCUCAAUGUGCCCUGGGUGCGCAAGACACCAGCACUGAACAGGGCGUCUGCCCAUCUGAAUGCCCCUGAACCCCAGCCAGCCAAAAACAUGUGUAACGCUCAUACUAGCUGCCCCAAAGACACCACCUGCUGCUUCAUGAACAAGGCUGGCAAGUGGGGAUGCUGCCCUCUGCCAAAUGCAGUGUGCUGUAGUGACGGCGACCACUGUUGCCCCAGCGACUACACCUGCGACUCCAAGCGCACCUCCUGCACCAAGGGGACUCUGAGCGUCCCCUGGUACAGGAAGGAGCAGUCCCUCGCCGAGGACAAUGCCGUGGCAGACGUCAAGUGUGACGACAAAAGCAGCUGUGCCUCAGGGGCCACCUGCUGCAAGCUGCCCACAGGAGAGUGGGGCUGCUGCCCACUGGUCAAGGCUGUAUGCUGCACAGACCACGAGCACUGCUGCCCCCAGGGCUACAGCUGCAACAUGCAGACAGGAACUUGUGAGAAGAAGAUGAAAGGGCCGCUGCUCCACAGCGUCCCUCAGAGCAGAGUGGAGGAGCUCCAGCAGAGAGCUGCCGACAGAGCCGGGGACGUUCCUUGUGACGGCACGGGGCAGUUUCGCUGUCCCAAGCAGGACACAUGCUGCAAGGCCUCAGCCACCGAGUGGGCAUGCUGCCCCUCACCUCAGGCUGUAUGCUGCUUAGACGGGAAGCACUGUUGCCCCAUGGGAUACACAUGUGACCUGGUGGCAGGGGGUUGCUCAAUGCAGGCUCAGUUGACCUGGGGCACUUUCUUUACGGACAAAAAGAGCGACUUCCUUCCGUUUGGACUCUGAGCCAACCAGGACACACUGAUCCUUCUCUCCUCAAACACAUUAACCCACAACUCAUGAAGGAGAAGGGAACAAACUGUUAAUUUCUUGUCUUUCAUUUUUACAGUUGAACUUCAGAAUAUUCACGUAUUUCUGCCUUUUGACAAGGUCGCUAAGGUUGACUAUUCAGCAUCUUCAACCUGCGGUCAUAGUUGUUAAAAGUGUGUUUCUACUUUCCAAGCACCCUUUGAGAAGUAAGCUUGUUUAGAAAAUGGAAUUCAGUUUGACCUCUUUGCCCAUCUUAAGAUAUUGUAGUUCUGUCCACCUAGUACCAUUCAUUAUUAUUAUUGUGAGACCCACACAACAGUAUAAGUGGAGGAAACUAAGACAUUUGACCAUCAGGCUGCUUAUAUUGACCAUAUGUUGCAGUGCUUUUUCUUCUUUAUAAAUGACUGUCCAUUGCCAUUCCAUUUCUCUAUGCAAUUGAGAGAUGAUUGUCUUAUGUCAAUGGCAAAAAGAGGAAAACCAAGAAAGGAAAAAAUAUAUAUAUCUGAGAUUAAUUUCACAAUAAAUAGUAUGAUACCAUGUCAAACCAUUUAACACUGUUUCACAAACCUGUGGUAGUGUGCUGCUGUAGUUAGAAGUAACCAUUUAAAAGGCAGCUGAAACGAUGACUGUGAUUUUGAUUGAUUGACUGAACAGGUUUCCAGCAUUAUAAUAGCAGAUUCUGCUCCUCAAGCCCAUUUAAACAUAACAACAUUGAUAAAGUAUAGUGAUAUUAUUGAAGGCAUUUAGCUUAUUGUAUAUUUAAAUGAAUCUUUUACAGAAACAGUACAAUCAAAAACAUUCAGUUUAGCAAAAGCCUUGGUCAGCCAUUUUUCUCAUGAUUGUCAAUAACAUUGAUUAUAUACACUAGGCAAUAGCUCUGCUAAAAACAAUGAUUUGGUUUCAACAUUUCAACAGUGGUAAUUUAACAGUACUUGAAACAAAGAGUGCUAGUUUUUUUUAUUCAAUCAAAAAAAAGUUUCUUUGUUGUAUAGAUUUCUGAAACACUACACAGCUCCAUUCCUCCAAUUGCAUUCUAGGUUGACAAGUGGUUGUUUUGAUGUUUUUGUUUGUUUAAAUGAAGGUCUGUAAAUGAAGGACAUUUUAGCUUUAGGUUUUUUGGCUUUAGUGCUUUUAAAAUGUAUGAUCUCCUUUUAUCACAGAUGAGUGUAUGCAAAUUGAGGUGAAAUAAAAUUGUUCAAAAUA